CGCGUCAUUAUCAAUAAUAAUUCUAAUAAAAUAAGAAUAAAAUGAAGCAGAAUGCAAAGAAAUUUGCUAGUGCGGAGCAAAAGUCUCGUCUAAUACAAUUAGUGGAAGCCGAUCCAGAUCUAAACAACGGAAAAAUUUCCAAAUCUUUUCCAAUAAUUGAAGCAAAUAAAAGGUGGCUUGCUAUAAGCCACGAACUAAAUUCCUUACCGGGGGUCAAAAAGACUUGGAAAGAGUGGCGUAAAACUUGGCAGGACAGAAAGUCAAAUGUCAAGAAAAGAAGGAGAACUUUGUUAAGCUGGCAGGAAAACUUAGGAGACGGCAGUACGCCAUCGGAAUGUCCUACACGGGCGGACUGCUUGAUCACUGUCGACCAGGGGGCUUUGGUGGUUCAAGGCCUAAAGAUAGGAAAUGCAAAAAAAUUUGCUAGCCAGGAACAAAAGUAUCGCCUACUGCGUCUGGUAGAGGCCGACCCACAGCUGAAAAGCGGGAAGUUUACAAAAUCAUUUACAAAAUUUGAAGCAAGAAAAAGAUGGAUCGCUAUAAGCCACAAACUAAAUUCUAUACCGGGGGCCAAAAAAACUUGGGAGGAAUGGCGCAAAACGUGGCAGGAUAAAAAGGCAAAUGCUAAGAAGCAUACUAGACACCGGCAGACAAACUCACAGAGUAGACCACCACCAGAGCCCCCAGUGGUGGAGAGUUUCCAUGACAACAACGACCAGCUGUCGUUCGGAGAAAAUGAUGAUUCCCAAGAAUCUAAGCCUACAUUAUUUGAUUUUUCACAGCCUGGGCCUAGUGCAGAAAAUAUACCAACAUUAGAUAGCAGUAACCACAAAUCAUCAGAUGUAAGAUGGAGCGCGGACGCAGAUAGGCAGCUGCAACAAGAACAAAAUUCCUUUGAGGCCAUAACGGAAAGACUUAUGAGAGAAAAGCUAGAGAUUAAGAAGAAAUUCUACGAAGAUUACAUUAGGCUAAUGAGCUCACAGACACAGGCGCUCGUCGACAUCGCGGCCGCGCUGAACGGUGCAGCGGCCAUGACUGAUGUGUUACAGUAGUGUUAUUAAUACAUACAAUUGCUUUCUUUUGCCUGACGCUAUACAUACUGCUACAUAAAUCUUUACAACUACCACAACUACCUUGGUAGGUAGGUAGAUUCAUCGAGGUUCAUUUUAGAUAUAUUGUAA